ACCUUAGCAUGCCGACGGUAGAUGCAACACUUCCCUCUGCUGAUCUCAGCGUUACCAAACCAGAGCUCAAAACAGGCGACCUUCAAGCAGACGUCAGCCUCUCAGCACCUGACGUGAAGCUCCCUUCAGGCCAGGCUUCCUUGGAACUCAAAGCUCCAGACCUACAGCUGGAGGCACCGUCAGCCCAGGUUGCUCUGGACGGGGCCGAGAUAAAGGCAGAAGGGUUGGAUGGCAAGUUUAAAAUGCCAAAGUUCCACAUGCCAAAGUUUGGAGUGUCUCUUCCCAAAGGAAAAGCAGCUGCAGAAGCCGAAAUCACCUUACCAUCCAUGGAAAUUGAGGUCCCUAAGCCUGAACUCAAGGCUGAAGUCACCCUGCCUUCCGUUGGACUUGAAGGUGACAUUAAGCUGCCAAAGGUAGAGAUGGAAGCACCAAGCCUAGAAGUGGAGGUGGGAGAGAAGGGGAAAUUCAAAAUGCCAGAUGUCAAGAUGCCCAGUGUCAAAAUGCCCAAAGUCAAGACUCCACAAGGGGGAGUCAGCCUGCCCAAGGUGGAAACCGAUGUCUCCCUUCCCAAAGCUAAAGUCGAGUUACCAGAGGCAGACGUCUCCGUCAAAGUUCCUGAGGCAGAGGGAAGCGUUGAGGGUGGCGGGAUGAAAAUUCACAUGCCAAAGUUCAAGAUGCCCAGCAUGGGCUUCUCCAAACCAGAUGUCAAAGGCCCCAAAGUCGACGUGGACCUUAGCAUGCCGACGGUAGAUGCAACACUUCCCUCUGCUGAUCUCAGCAUUACCAAACCAGAGCUCAAAACAGGCGACCUUCAAGCAGACGUCAGCCUCUCAGCACCCGACGUGAAGCUCCCUUCAGGCCAGGCUUCCUUGGAACUCAAAGCUCCAGACCUACAGCUGGAGGCACCAUCAGCCCAGGUUGCUCUGGACAGGGCCGAGAUAAAGGCAGAAGGGUUGGACGGCAAGUUUAAAAAGCCAAAGUUCCACAUGCCAAAGUUUGGAGUGUCUCUUCCCAAAGGAAAAUCAGCUGCACAAGCCGAAAUCACCUUACCGUCCAUGGAGAUUGAGGUCCCUAAGCCUGAACUCAAGGUUGAAGUCACCCUGCCUUCCGUCGGACUUGAAGGUGACGUUAAGCUGCCAAAGGCCGAGAUGGAAGCACCAAGCCUAGAAGUGGAGGUGGUAGAGAAUGGGAAAUUCAAAAUGCCAGAUGUCAAGAUGCCCAGUGUCAAAAUGCCCAAGGUCAAGACUCCGCAAGUGGGAGUCAGCCUGCCCAAGGUGGAAACCGAUGUCUCCCUUCCCAAAGCUAAAGUUGAGUUACCAGAGGCAGACGUCUCCGUCAAAGUUCCUGAGGCAGAGGGAAGCGUCGAGGGUGGCGGGAUG